AAAAUUAAUACAAGUGAAUGGAGUUAAACGGAUACAAACUCAAAUUUCGUGACAUUUCUUGGAUUUUGGAAAGUAGAAUGAUAUAUUUUGAUAAAAUAGCAAAAAAAUAACAUAUAUUUCAGUUUUUGUACAGAAUUUACAGGUUUUAGUUAGUAAAGGCGCUAACAUUACUGCUUUUGUAUGAUGAUGUGGGUGAGCUGAUGCUGGAGUUACAGCUAGAGCAUGUUUAAAACGUUUAAAAGCUUUAAAAAUGUAUGCCCGCAAUACUAAAACAUCUGAUAUGGUUUUGUGUUGAGAAAAUUAGAAGAUAUUAGAGGAGAAGAAAUUCUCAAGUGGGUAUUCUCCUCUCUAGAGAUUCUCUGCUUACAGUUCUUUGCUGCAUCACAUGACUACAGCUCCUCCUUUCAAGCUAAACGCGGGACGCGUUUCUGGACAGAAGCAAACUGAGGCUGUGGUAAUAGUACGCAGGGUAAAAUGACAUUAAUUCAAAGAGAAAUUCUUGGAUUAUUAAGAGGCAGGGAUAAUCUUCGAAACAGAUGUAAGAUUGUGCGAUGGAUGCAGAAAAAAAUAAUUCUGCCCAGAGCAAUGAAAUGCAACUCAUGCAAGAAAAAAAUGAAGUUACACAAACGGUUCCAAGGAGAUGGAUAUCAGUGGUGUUGCACAAGGAAUGCACAUCACCAUACAGACAUUACGGCUUCUGUCCGGAAGGGGUCUAUGUUUUUUCGCUCCCGUUUAUCUCUGCGACAACACUUAGAGUUCAUCUAUAGAUUUUCUCAGGGCCUGAGACAGAGACAGAUGGACCUUAUUGAGGAUGGGAUAGCUGGCAGUAGCAGAACUCUGACCAAAAUGACAUCAGCUUUGAGAAAAGUCUGCAUUUCAGCGAUGACAAAACUUCGACAGCGUGGAGGGAUGCGUGUUGGGGGCCCACACCACUUUGUGAUGAUAGAUGAGAGUAAAUUCUCACACAAAAGAAAGUACAAUCGUGGACGUGUAGGUUCUACCUGGCGACGGAGCAAAAAGUGGGUACUAGGAAUUCUUGAAGUGGGCGUUACCACCCGGAAGCCCAUACUGAAAAUCGUCUCCAAGAGGUCGAGUGCACAGAUGCUACCUGUUGUGAGACACUAUGUGAGAAGAGGCACCAGUAUCAUUACUGAUGAGUGGCGAGCGUACAGAGGUCUUUCAGAUCUUGGAUAUGACCACCAUACUGUUUGCCACAAGAGACAUUUUGUACAUCCACUCACUAGGGCUCACACCCAGCACCUGGAGAGGGCUUGGCAAAAAUUCAAGGUUGAUGUGUGGCGACACAGAGCAAACCGAAACACAAAACUCCUGAAACAGUACCUGAAGAUUAUAGAAUGGGAACACUGGCUCGCCAAGAAGCACAAAUGGGGUAUACUGGGAAGACUGCUCCAUGACAUUAGAAAAAUGUAUAAAAGCCAUUCUUAAUUAAAUAGUCCAGAGGAGCAUUCAGAAUAGUGGAUCUUAGCAUCUGCAGUCAUUAAAUGCAAAAAUACAUAAUCUGUAUUAAUAUGUUUUAAUAUUGGCACAUAGUUUGACAGUGUGUUCAAGGAUAUUUUUAAUAAUAGAGGCAAAUAUGUCCAGCUAAUUUCCAUCCAUGUAAUUUAAUAUUUUGGCCACGUUCGUUAUGGUUUUUGCAAUAUAAAAAUAGUACUGAAAUUCAGAUUUACACUUUUCUGACUCUAAAUCAAUUACUGAUAAAAACAGAAAAUGUAAAAUAUUAAUGGUUUUGGGUUAUAUGUUUGUAAACUCGCAUCUUUUUUGUAUACAUCCAUUAAGUAGAUUUGAUGUAAAAUGUAUGCAUUGUUAAUAAAUGCUACCCUGUUUAAAGUACAAACUAGUAAUUGUGUUUUUCUGUUUAGACAUUAAUCAUUAUCGUGCUGUAAGGAACAUUUAUGAAGCUUUAUAAUUUGUUAUAUACCUUUGGUAAUGUGGAAGAACUCAUCACUUUACUUAAAGUCUGUAAAAAGUGCUUAUGAAGCUUUAUAAUUUGUCAUAUGCCUUUGUUAAUGUGGAAUAACUCAUCACUUUACUUAAAGUCUGUAAAAAGUGCUUAUGAAGCUUUAUAAUUUGGCAUAUGCCUUUGUUAAUGUGGAAUAACUCAUCACUUUACUUAAAGUCUGUGAAAAGUGCUUAUAAGUGUUCAUUAGAUGUUAUGUGCAUUUACAGAACAAUUUUCUUUAUAGCAUAUAGCAGUUAGAGGGAAGGCAUCGCUGUGGAUCUUUAUAAAGCAUUAUGUGAAUUAACUCAACGUCUAUUAAGCUUUAUGAAACAGGUCUCAUUAAUAAUGCUAAGAACAGCAAAUACACAUAUAUUAUAAUGCAUUAUAACGCUUAGUGGUAUAAAGCUUUAUACUGUGGUGUUAUAACGUUUUAUGUUUGAGUUUAUAAACAUUUAUGUAUAGUUAGAAAGGCUUAUGUCAAGUGUUAUAGAGCAUUAUGAAUGGUUUAUAAAGUUUUAUGAAUGCAUUUAUAAUGCUUUAUAGAUACCUGAUUCAUAGAAAGU